GAUACGGGAAGACGGCUUGGUAAUCACUAUAUCCCAGACCUAAAAAUCCCGCGCCGGAGUAGACGUAUAACUAGAAUUAAGUCUAGCUAAUUAAUGAACCCAAAACUAAUUCCAAAUUGUUUCAGGCAUGAAGAGGUUGAACGAGAGCAAUCGGCAGGCAGACAGAGGUGGCCGCAGUCGCUCUCAAAGAGGGAGAAGCAACCAGCAGGCAGGUAGAGAUGGCCGCAGUCGCUCUCAGAGAGGCAGAAACCACCAGCAGGAAGACCGCCAAGUAGAUGUGUCAUCACAUCAACGUGGUGAACGACCGCCAAACGGCAACCAAUUAACCAGAGGGAAACCAGCCAGGAGAGAUGCCGCGCCACACGUUGAGGGUGAGAUGGGGCAAAAGGCUCGCUUGAGGAGGCUCAUGAGGAGAGCUCACCUUGCUAAAAUCCUCAAAUCUGGCCAGGCGGACCCCGAGCUUGCUUGGAAGCUAUGGAGAAAAGCUGCGACGGUCGAGGAGUUAAAGAAAUGGGGAGACCGGAAAACUCUACUCCCCCCGAUGCCCCCAGAACUCGAAGAAGAUGUAAAGAAGGUCGAGUCAGAGCCAGUCUCUGACAUUCAACCCGAACAUCAGGUUGCUACAUCUUCUCGAGGAGGACACCACUCACCGAUCCUACCACCUAGAGCAGACCCAUCUUCCCCAGUAACUGGACCGUCCUCAGUAGCUGAUCCAGUGCCUACAACUGUACCGAUACCGAAGCCUUUUACUCCCUCAGAUUAUCCCUCUCCGAACCCGUAUUUCUAUACACCUAUGACACCUGGCAGACCCUGUUUCCCAAGGCCAGUCACGGAGCCGUUACUACUCCUGAGGCCUAUUGCACCUGCACCUCUCACACCUCGGCCCAUAAGCCGAUACUUCGUGCCGAUUCUCCACCCUGUCCCGGCUAGAGGAGUCUGGAGACGUCUGGGACCUCCUGUGAACAUCCCAACAACCCGAGAGACGCCUGAACCGACUCAAAAUUUGGAGUCGACUCCUACCGUUGAAGUAAUCCAGCCGGCAGAACACCUAGACCAGGCAGAAGGGUUGGAGCCAGUUGUGUCUCAGAUGUCUUCACCAGGACAAGACAAGCCCGAGAUUUCGGAACAAGAGCUCGAGCCAGUUGUGUCUCAUAUGUCUUCCCCAGGACAAGACAAGCCCGAGACGACAGAACAAGAAGUCACGCCCAUUUCUGACUCUCGAGAGACUAACAAGUCUCCAACUGAUCCAGUCCAGUUACCAGCUGUGCCAGAAGGUUGGCAGGAUGAAGCCGCUGCCUUGCCAGGACCACUUCCGUUCCCAGAGAAUGCUAUCCCGGAACCAAUGAUAGAUCAGAGAAGGGAAGCUGCGAGACGGGAAGUCCUGGUUCGCCAACUGAGGCGCAGAAAGAAGAAGAAGAAAUCAAAGAAAAAUCGAGGACCACGCCAACUCCAGCCCGAUGACUAUGAGUCAAAUCCAAACUCACCGAAGGAACCUGACUCCGGGAAUGAAGAAGUCCCUAUUUUUGAUGACCGAGUACCUGAAGGACCCGAAAACGAGGACCUACUGGUACUCGACGACGAUGAGGGAUUCGAUGAGGAUGUACCUGACGAAUAAAUAAAUAACAUCUUCACUCCAAAUAAAGCUUUAUUCUUGGUCUAUUCCCUGAAGCUGCGAACAUCUGGGACCACCACGCCCUGGUGAACGUCUGGCAGGGGGGAAUGUCACGGGGCUCCUUCAUUAUCCGUUGAAGGUCCUCACCCUAGCCGCGGUUAGUUAUCGACGGAUCACUGGGCGCUGUGGUCUAGGAUGCUCGCGCAGUAACAAUAAAAAUUAACAUAAGUUCCGGGGCCUAGAAAAUAAGCGUUCCGCGGGUGGGGAUAAUUCCACACCAGGGGCAAGUGAAGUUGGCGCACCGAAAAGCGACAUUGUGAAGCCGGAGCCCGAGACACCAGCACGAGAUCUUGGAAAACAGAUUUAAUUCACCGUUGACUAAAUCCCGAGCUACGACGCAAUUAACCAGAUCCGAGAUACCUGAUAGAGCUGUGUAAUUUGGCGGACAAAAUUUGCCUAGACCGAAGGCCACAGAAACGACAACGGAAGCCGAAUUAAAAGAAAAGAAAUCGCCAAAAAUUUCUCAGGUACAGAAAAUUUAACCUCGGUAAAUUAUUGCGUCGCUCCCGGAAAUUCUAGGCACAGGCCAGGUUCCGUCUUCCAAUCACCCUACUUGAUUAAUUAAUUAAUUAUCCGAAUUCAAAU